AUGGACCCUGAGAGCACUGGAAACUCAGAAGAUAAUAUGAAUCUGCUGAUCAAUAUAAAGGAGCAAGAGGCUAAACUUACGGAGCAAGAGCGUAAACUUGAGCAGCAGGAGUCAAGACUGUCUGAUUUCAAGGAUCUGGUUCAGAAGUCCUAUUGGUGUCAAGCUGCGAAGUUGGAAGACAAUGGUGCAGAGCUCUGUCAGAUGAAGAAAAGAAUAUCCAAGCUCGAAGAAUUUUUUCGCCAUCAUAGUGCUGAGGUUGACAACAAUCAUCAAGAUCUUUAUCAUAUCAGAACAAGCAUAGACGACCUUGAUGACAAGUGUGGAGACCUUAGUCAUCAGGCUACUGGACAUGCGGAGGAACUUAAAGCCUUAAAUAGCUUACAUAAAUCACUUGAAAAUCAGAUUCAUAAACUGGCCCGUAGAGAAAAAACAAAGGACAAGACGAUUGGUGAAGAAAUACGUGAGGAGCUUGCUGAGCAUUUAUAUUGUAUCAUAAGCAGACUACAAGAAAAAGUUAUGCAUCUUCAAGAAACAGCAGAGAAGGAUCAAUCACCUCCCACUGAUGGGAUGUACUCGGCAGAUCAGGUUAGCCCACCAAUGGCCACCUCAAGCAGUUCAAAUGCCCAAUUACCUGAUGAAGAAGUGGAUGGGGAUAGCACCGGUAAUAAGACCCUGAAGUCUCUCAUCAAGGAAGAACUUCGAAACCUUGCCAGUAAAUACGACAAGCUCAAUGACCAUUUGAUAGAAUGCACAAAGUUUGCAGACAAAAUUUAA